AUCCAAUCUUCCAUGACUGUAAGCACAGUAUGCCAGAGCCAUCCCUGUAUCUAAUUGAAACGCCAUACUGUUCUCCCAUCAAGUUAGCCCUAAGGCCCAACCUUCUGAAUUUCCUGUCAUUGCUCAUUGAGUCCAGAAUGAGGAAGUUCCUUCAUGUUCAUGGAUUGAGUGUAUGCUGGACGUAGUUUAAUUCUCGUUACACACUCAGACCUGUCUUUGUUCGAAUAGGAAUCCAUUUAUAUCCACACCGAAUAUCGAAACAGAAACAACAUAGAAGCUUUAGUUGGAGUGUAAGUUACUGAAUCGGCAGGCUGAGUGUUUAGAUCUGACUCAAGGAUCUAUUGUUCGGAGAGCUUUCUUUUUUAAAUAUCGGCUGAGGGAGUUCACUGAUGUGUUGCGGACUGCUGGGGAUGUCACAGAGUGCCCUUCAGUUCGUAGUAAUUUGUGUAAUCAAGGUGUUUGGACAGCGUGACCAAUUGGAAGGAAAGGAUAAAUCUCAAGUCUACGUUCUGUCACAGUCAUCUUGAAUGAAGUUGACCAGCUGUUGAUAUGAUUCUACCCACAGUCUGGAAGUGAUUUGAAUCUACACAUGAAGCUACUUUUAUAUCUAGUGCAGUAAAUGAAUGUGGAUCACUUCAUCGUCAGCACGAUCAAUAAGCAUUAAUUGAUUUCAAUGGAGAGAAUUACAGAGUGUUUAAACUGCAGUGUACUCGCAAAAGUUGGUCAAAUCUAAAAAGGGGACAUCGCAAAUCAGGUGAUGUGCAACAUUAAUUGAAAACAUCCCGGUCUUUGCUAAAUACAACAAACCUUUACCAGAGAGAAGGAAAGAUCAGUCAAUUAAACUUGAUUUUGUAUGCAACGAUGCAACUCAGCAGUUUGAUGGAGCACUAGAAAAACCAAACGAGGAAAGAGUAACUUCAGACCAAGAGCAAGGAGACUAAUCGUUUUCAAGUAAAGUACACGUAAUCCGACUCGUUGAGCUGAUCUAAACCUCCCUGUUCUUUAGUGUACACAGACAGACAGUAGCUCAUGAUUUAUGUAAUUGAUGAUUCAUUGAUGAUGUACCGGCAAAGUUUUGUAGCGUGUCACCGUUACUACCUGACGUGAUUCAGAGAGCUACCGAUUACACCAGCUAUAGGGUUGAUCGAGACUCUCGUGUCUGCCUGUUGACGCGGACCGUCUCUCGAUUUGAAACAGUUGUUACCGAUAGUGUUAAUUACCACCUGUACUUGAAUGGAUCCUGUUCAUGGAUUGACAGCACUUGGUGCUCUGGUCUUCUUGGGGUUGCUAUCAGUGGUGGUGGGGAAAGACCCAUAUUUAGACUUCACAUGUGUAGCCAGUCAGGCCCUCAUGUCUCCAAGCACCAGUCAGACCCUAAUUGAAGUCUACACACCUUUGAGAAAUGCUACAAUUAAGAUCGAUGGAAAACCGGGCGACAGUACACAAACUUACAAAGUUGGCCCUGUUGUGUGUAGGUUGGAGACGGACGACCUGGAGGCAACCACUACGGUUAUUAUCUCCUCUGAAGAUGCGAGCCUGUAUCCGCAACGUCUCACCUUGACCUUUGACCCAGAUGAAGAGAUAACACUUGAGAUGAUCUUAAGAGAUGACUGCGAUGGAUCAUGUAAAUACAGAUGGCGUGACUUAGAUACCUCUAGUGCCAUACAAUCCAAUAAUAAGAAACUUCAUAUCAGUGGUUUGAAUGAAACAAGUUCUGUAUUCCGCCAUUUCUUGGUUGGGGCUAAAGGGAGGAAAGGACUUGUCCAAAUCUUAGUACGAGAGUGUCCGUCUGGUUAUUGGAACCCAGAAGAAAAUUGUUUGUUGGAAUGCUCCAUUUGUCUGAACGGGGGGAUGUGCCAUCCACGUUCUGGCCAGUGUAUCUGCCCACCAGGAUUCAGCGGAGUAGAAUGCGAGAAUGUCCACGGGCGAAAUAUCUUUGGUCAGGAGGGCCAAUACAACUGCACUGCCUCGUCUGAUCCUCAUGACACUGGCUGCAUUGGGAAGCUAUUCUGUCUGCCAGAACCCUUUGGAUGUACGUGUGCUGCUGGAUACAGUGGCAUUAACUGUUCAGAAGAAUGCAAGGAAGGAACGUAUGGCGCAAACUGCGAGAGUGUCUGCCACUGUGAGGAUAACUCUACCUGUCUUGCUGAUACCGGAGAGUGUGUCGGAUCAUCAUGCCAGGAAGGCUGGUGUGGGAUCAAUUGCCAAGUCCCAGGCCCCAUAUUGUACAAAGAGCCAUCAGAAGUCAUCAUCAACCAGAUAAACAACAUCACAUGCAUCUUAAAGAAUGUCAGAAACCCCAACGUCUCGGACAUCGUCCUCAUUCUACCCAACGGAACGACCAUCGAAUCGGAUUACUUCGUUGAAUAUGAGACACCAGUUGUUGCGGAGUACAUUUUUGUCGUCAUUGCUGAUGCAAUGGAUAAUGAGUAUACAUGCGCAUACAACAACAUCACGCUUCAAACAACUGUCAACUUUGUCCGAGGCCCCAUGUUGUACGAAGAGCUACAAGAAGUGAACAUCAACCAGACAACUAACAUCACCUGUAUCUUUAAGAAUGUCUUAAGCCCCAACAUGUCGGACAUAGUCCUCAUUUUACCCAACGGAACGACCAUUAAAGCAUAUUACGUCAUUGAUUCAGAGUCGCCAAUCAAGACAGAAUACAUAUUUGUUGUCAUUGCCGAUGCGAGGGAAAAUGAGUACGCGUGCACAAACGCUAAUGCAAUGCUUCAAAAGACAUUCAACCUCACAGCUUUUGAGCCACCAUAUCUUUCUUAUUCACCGACAAUAAACAGUUCAAAGGUCAAUGAAAUAACGAUCACCUGGAAUCCAUGGGGAACCCAACCUGGCGAUAGGGGUGACCCCCCUGUCGUGAACUACAUCAUUACGUACAAAGAUGCCAAUGCGAAUGAUACUACCACAGCUGGUGUGACACAGGGGAAUACCACCUUGUAUACUAUUACUGGUUUAAUGGAGGAUAUUGAGUAUGAAUUCAGAGUAACUGCAGUCAGACCAGGGGUGGGCGGAGCUGGGCCUCCAAGCCCCCCUGCUCAAGGAAAUACAACUUGCCGAGUGCCAGGAAAACCGGUUAAUUUCAGUUGUUUAGCACUGAAUGCAACAUCCCUCCAGCUUAGUUGGUCUCGUCCAAUCAACACACUCUGUUCUGAGAUCACCUACAAGAUAAUAUACUGGCUUAUUCAACGAGGAGAGUGCCCAAGGAUAGCCAAAAGUCACUAUGAUAAGAUACAGAAGACAACAGGAAAUCACUCUCUUGUGAUUAGUGACUUGCUGCCAAACUCGUUGUAUAAAGUGAAAAUAGUAGCCAAUACCAGUGCUGGAGUAUCGGAUAAAGACAACAUGACUUUUACUGAGAAAAGGACCCCCUCGUCAGUUCCUGGACCUCCUAAAAAUGUUGGUGUUAAAAUAGAAAGCUCAACUCUCGUUGCUAAAUGGAAGUGGCCAAAUUUAAAGUGUGCCGACAAAAAUGGUGCAUUCUUAGGUUACCACUAUCAACUCUUGAUUGGUGGAGGAGAGAUCGCUGUAGAAGGAGUAACAGAGUCAACCGUUAGACGCCAUACCUUUGAGAAUUUGUUGCCUUGCACUGAGUAUGGGUUUCAUGUUAGAGGAUGGACGUCAGUGGGUAAUGGGUCCUUCAGCCAGAUUAAGAAGCUGACGACACCAAGUGCAGUCCCUGACGAGGUAACAGACGUAAAGGUAUCAAGCAACAGCUCCACUACGCUACAUAUCUCCUGGUCUGCUCCAACCAAGCCCCCAUGCCCAAUCACCGGUUACAUAGUCACCUACACCCUGGUGCAGCAGGGUCAGUGUGAAGGGUUAGAAGCUUUGGAAACUAGGUCAGAAGCUGUGGAAACUAGGACUGUAUCAGAGACUGUUACAGUUAUAGAGAUGCUUCAACCAGACUCUGUGUAUAUGGUGACGGUAAAAGCGAAGACGGUUUCAGGGGAAGGGAAUGGAGUAAACGACACUGGUAGAACACUUGAAGAUGUGCCAGAUAAAGUUAUCAGUCUCGAGCUUACCCCCGAGAAAAGAGCUGUUGAAGUUUCGUGGCAGCCUCCAUCCAUCACCCCCUGUGAGAUUCUUGGUUACAACAUAAACUAUCGCCUCGUCAAGCAUCUGGCAUGUAAAGAAACCACUGAAGAAAACAGUGUGACAGUGAAUUCCUCGGAUAACAAUGCCAGGCUAACGAACCUAUCGCCUUAUUCGGAGUAUGUUGUGUCUGUAGUUGCGCUUACAUCAGCAGGGGCUGGGGAAGCUGUUGAAGGAAGCGUGUCAACCGCACAGGAUCUUCCAGGGAUACCAAUUGAUAUCAUGAACACUAGUAAGUCCUCGAGGUCAGUGACCUUCACCUGGCAACCCCCAGCAUGCAGUGAGAGAAAUGGAGCCCUCACAAAGUAUUAUUACAAACUUGUAAAUAUCGAAACAUAUGCACUAUUCAAUGAGAUAGGUGUAUCACCAAAUGUCACUUCAGCCACCUUUGACGGACUGACAGCGUGUACCGACUACCGUUUUAAAGUUCUUGCGCAGACGUCUGUUGGCAACAGUACAUUCAGUGAUGCAUUUGUAGUAACUACAGAUGGAGAAGCUCCAGAGGCGGUUGGUGAUUUGCAAACAGGACCCCUAGCAACAUCUAUACACCUUAAUUGGACGCAACCCAGAGACUCCUCCUGCAGCAUCACCAGCUAUAAAGUCACUUACAAACUGAUCAAGGUUCUUCAAUGUCUUGAAAAAGAGAAUGUCGACUCUGUUGAGGAAGCUUCAGUUAGCUACCCAAGUACACAACACACGAUCUACGGUCUGAUGCCAGCGUCCAAAUAUGAGGUAUCCGUGAGGGCAGAGACUAGGGGUGGAUUAGGGGAGAGCAGAACGGAGGAAGUUGCAACACUCGAAUCUGUUCCAGGAAUACCGGUCGCUAUCAACAACACUUUAACAUCUUCAAGGUCAGUGACCUUUACCUGGCAGCCCCCAGCAUGCCGGGAAAGAAACGGCACCAUCAAUGAGUACACAUACAAACUUGUUAAUACAGCAGCAGGUGCCAAACAUACGGAGACUAGCGUAUCAUCAAAUGUCACUUUAGCCACCUUCGAUGGACUGGUGGCUUGUACCAUGUACCAUUUUAAAGUUCGUGCUCAUACGGCAGUUACUUACAGUCCAUUCAGUGAAGCAGUUUAUGUAACUACAGAUGGAGAAGUCCCAAAUGUAGUGAAUAACGUCCAAUCUUCAACCACCACAAGUAAUUCCAUCCGAGUGACAUGGGAUCCCCCAACCAACGUACCGUGUAAUAUCACCCACUACCUGAUCAGCUACAAACUCCUAAGGUAUCUCCACUGUUCAGCGCCAGUCCUAAAGAGCCAAGAGAACAAUGUGACGGUAGACAGUGGGAGUAGGGGCUACACCAUUCAAGAUCUUUCAGCUGCUUCAGCUUAUCUUGUAUCUGUGAGAGCCAUCACAACUUCAGGAUUAGGGGAGGUGGUGGACGUCAAUGUCUCAACUCUGGAAUCAGCUCCGGAAUCAGUGACAAACGUUACCCUUACAGCCGUCGGCCCGUUCACCGCCUCUUUUAGCUGGUCCCCACCCAUCUGUGAGGACACCCAUGGUAGGAUUACAUUGUACAAUAAUUAUCUGGCAUUCGGUGACUCUAUAGAAGCAAUUGCUGCAAACACGACCAAUGAAGUUGUAUCUUUUGAGUCGUUGAUACCCUGUACAUUGUAUGAUUUCACUGUGGCUGCAUGGACUAGUGCUGGAAUGGGCCUCCAAAGCAAUCCUCUCAAUUUCACAACAAAUGUGACAGUCCCUGGACAAGUUGCAAAACCAUCAAAAGACUUCAAAAAUGCCACAGCUGCGAGGAUCCAGUGGCGAUCCCCGAGAUCCGCAUCAAACCCCUGUUCCAUCGAGAACUACACCAUUACGUACUCCUUAACCGAAAUCAAGCAAUGUGAGACGACCUCUAAUGAAACAUUCAUUCAGGUCACAACUUAUACAGAAGUAUUCUUGGUUGACCUAAGACCAAAGUCUUUGUACAAGGUGGUGGUGAGAGCGUCAACAUUAGCAGGGGAAGGAGAUCCUUCUGAGGAGAAACUGAUUCUUACCCACGCAGAUGCUCCUGGACAAAUCACAGAUGUUAUGGUUAGCAACACCACAAUGGACUCCAUCCAGUUCACUUGGAGUGAGCUGGACUGUGAAUCACAGCAUGAUGUUAUUACUGGUUACAAUUAUGAAUUCAACGAGAUCAAUGACAGUGACAGUGAUGAUGAUGACACAGAAGUGGACAUGAUUGAUCUGUCUGUUGUGUUAAGAAACCUUAAAUCAUGCACCGACUACGAAUUCAGAGUUCAGGCCAGCGGACAGAAAAAGCUUGGCAUAUGGAGUGAAUGGGUGAUCGCCACCACUAGUACGGCAGCUCCUGAAAAAGUAAGAGACCUUGUGUUGAGACCCGGAGACGACCCUCCCUCUACCAUCCAAGUGACUUGGAAAUCAUCUGGUCUUGAUAGUUGUGAGAUCAACACUUACCAGGUGCAGUAUACAGGGGAAAGCCUGGAGGCAUGCAGUCCACGCAGGGUCUUUAACUCAACAUCAAUCACAGUGAGGGCCCGUAACGCAACCCUGAGGAACCUCUGGCCAUAUUUAAACUAUAGUAUUACUGUACGAGGGGAAACUGCUGCGGGACUUGGAAAAAGGAAUGCAGAAGUGCUGCAGACCGCCCAAGGCAUUCCUUCAGCCCCUCCUGAGGCAAUCACCCUUGUCAACAAAGGACCAAAUCAUCUCAAGUUUACUUGGCAGCCACCAAUUUGCGGCCAACAGAAUGGGUUGAUUGUCAACUACACCUACAUCCUUGUGAACUCCAUCAGCAACGAGACAGUCGAAGAUAACACAGUGACAACGAUGGAGGUUUCCAUUGAUGAUCUCUUGCCGUUUGUUGACUAUGACUUCAUGGUACGAGCUAACACCGAAAAAGGCUCUGGACCACUUGGCCGUUUGUUUGUUAAAACAGCAGAAGGGGAACCAUCACCUCCAAGAAACUUCCUUGUUGUGAAUUCUGAAACAACUCGUUUGGAAUUCACAUGGGAUGCACCGGCUCCAGUCACUGGAAUUAUAUCAGCCUACCAGUUUAUGUAUUGGCGUUCCGGAUUGGAUGAGAGCUCAGCUGUUCCUGUAGACUACGAGGUGGAAUCAGCCAAUCAGGGACACCGUUACAUCCUCGAGGGGCUGAAACCAUACACGGAGUAUAACAUUAAGGUUCGAGGGAAGACUGGUGCAGGAUUUGGUGACUGGUCUGUGACUCUUACAAACCGGACAGCCGAAAGCACUCCUGAACAACCUACCAACGUUGCUGUUGUAGACAGGACUACAACCACCCUCACCAUCCAAUGGAACAGUCCAGACAAUAUCAACGGCGUCUUAAAGGGUUAUAAAAUAAAGUACAGAAUUGUUGACCGACCUUUUGCGGUUUCAUCCAGCGGACGUGACCCAGGGUCAGAGGUCAAUAUCAGUCCAGAUGCAUCAAGCCACUUACUAUCGGACCUAGACGCAGCCACAGGGUAUGAAAUCAAGCUGGCUGCGAAAACAGUCGCUUAUGGAAUGUACUCCGCACUGACGCCAAUAUACACCAAAAUUCCAGAUAUUACGAAACCCAAGAUGCUGGAUACGCCGUCCGUUGGGGACGACAACAUAGUAACAUUGCAGCUAGAGGUGAUGGAUUCUCCAUAUAUUAGUGUUUAUCAGGUGACAGUCGCCAAAGUAAAAUCCGCGUCUACAAUCGGGAGACGGGCAGUCGGGGACAGUACGCUUGGAAGCUACCAACAAUCACAGGAUGAGUACAUCACUGCUGAGUUCAACAAGACUGCCCUGCCAUCCACGUUCCAGGUUGGUGAUAACAAGACGUACAAUGGGUACUACAACGCUCCCCUGGACCCAGGGACUAACUACGACAUCCAAUUUUGCGGUGUUGGUAAAACCAAACAGGAUACCAAUCCAAGUUGUACGGAACCAUUGCCAGUUAAAACUCGAGAACUUGGUACAGGAAUGGAGAUGAUAGUUGCCGUUAUUGUCAGUAUUAUGGUCGUCAUGGCAAUAGUUGUGUUAUUGCUUGCUUUGGUUGUCCGAAGAAGACGGCGAGCAGAAAAGACGGACAAUACCAAUGGCAUCACUCUAUCUAACCUUGAAAAAGCAAAGCCAAGAACCAACGGUGCACCAAAUCAAUCGGCUGUCGUUGAGGAACUUGUCCGCAAGGAGCUCAGGCGUACGGAUGGGGUCAAAGGGAAAUCAACCACACCCGUGCCAAAGCCGACUAAGGUCUCGGCCCCGCCCAAGAAAGCUUGGAAGCCCCACAGGCCGGUCAGCCUUCAAGAUCUUCCUGAGUUCAUCAAGAAGAAGAAGGCCAAAGGGAACAAGGGCUUCUCACAUGACUUUGCUAGUUUACCCGAUGAACAGCUGUACUCUAUUGAUGUGGCCCAGAAAGAAGAACAAAGAUGCAAGAAUCGAUACGCUAAUAUCAUUCCAUAUGACUGCACACGAGUUGUUCUUGAUGUGAUAAACGAUGAUGAGGAUACUGAUUACAUAAACGCCUCGUACAUCGACGGCUACCAGCAGGAAAAUGCCUACAUUGCUACUCAAGGGCCCAACAAAUCCUCUAGUCCUGACUUCUGGCGGAUGGUUUGGGAGCAAGAAGUCAUGAUCAUUGUCAUGCUCACAAAUCUCAUUGAAAAUGCAAAGAAAAAGUGUAUACAGUACUGGCCAGACGAACAAAAGAACUACGGAGACAUCGUUGUGAAGCUUGUGUCGGAGAAAGUUAAGAAGGAUUUUACGGAGCGGACAUUUGUGAUCUCAAACAUUAACAUUGACGAGGACGUUCCCCGUGAAAUCAAGCAAUUCCACUACACCACCUGGCCAGACAUGGGUCUACCGGACUCUCCAGCACCCCUCAUGAAGUUCAUUCAUGAAGUCAAGCAGAAUGAAGACGACAUCAAACCAAGCCCAAUGGUUGUACAUUGCAGUGCGGGUGUGGGGCGUACAGGCACUUUCAUCACAGUAGACGCCAUGUUGAAUAUGGUGGCCGAGGAAAAACAGAUCAACAUUAUUGACUUUGUCCACCAAAUGAGGAAACACAGAAUGAAGAUGGUUCAAACAAUGGAUCAGUACAUGUUCAUCUUUGAGGUUCUAGUGGAGACGUUGCUGUGUGGGGAGACCGUCAUGGAAGCGGAAACAUUCCCAGCUCAGUACGCAGCGCUGCACGAGCGUAACCCACUCACUGGCAACACAUACGUUGAAGAGCAUUUUAGAGUCUUAGAUACGAUGUCUGUUGCUCCGAGCGAUGACAACUGUCAUGGUGGACGGAAUGAGAUGAAUUUGAUCAAGAAUCGCUACCAUGAUUGCAUACCACUUGAUAAGUGUCGUCCUUACCUCAUGUCACCUGGUGAAGAUGACAACAGCACAAACUACAUCAAUGCAUCAUUUAUCGAUGGUUACAAGAAGAAGGAUGGAUUCCUGGCCACCCAGAGUCCUCUCCCCAACACCGUGGUUGACUUCUGGAGAAUGAUCUAUGACUAUAACGCUAGAGUUAUUGUCAUGUUGAAUGACAUCGAAGGAUCGGAAGAUGAGACGUUGCAACCCUACUGGCUGGACGACCCUGAGGAAACGGCAGCUCUUGGAAUCUUUGAGCUUCAGCUGAGAGACUGUAAGGACUUUAACCAUACCAUAGCCAGGACCUUCAAACUCAAGAACACCAAAAAGAUUUCGGAGAAACCUCGUACUAUUCACCACUUUGAGUUCAAGAAGUGGAAGGAGGAGGAGGAAUUCCCAGAGAGUAUUACGCCGUUCGUCAGCUUCUUGGAACUUGUACAGCAAGGUCAACGACAGAGUGGAGGCGAGGGUCGUACUGCUGUGCACUGUCUUGACGGAGUAACCCGGAGUGGGAUUUUCUGCGCCUCGAUGGUUGGUUUGAAGAAACUGAAAGAAGAGAAACUCGUUGACGUCUUCCACGCUGUCAGGAAUCUCAGAAGAAACCGAGAUGUGAUGGUCGAGAGCCAGGACCAAUACUUGUUCUGUUAUGAAGUCUUAAAGACGUACUUGGAGGAGAACGAGACGUAUGCUAACUUCAAAUAGACUAUAGAGGGCGAAGUUUGUGUCUUCACAUAGAAAUAUAUCCCGGAGAACUCUGAGCUCAGCCACCCUCUGUGUCGUCUGUGGAUUGGCGUAUCGAUUCAAUGCGAUACGCGUGUAUGGUAAAAUUAUCAUCAUCUGACAAGCAUGUAUGGCAAAAUGGCAAGAUGGCAGCGCACAUAGACUGUUUCAUGACGUCAACUGUAUGGCAAAAAAUUGUGUACACACGUCCAUAAAAACGGUCCACUAACGAAAUCACAGGUACAAUGACACACUCGGUGUCCCCGGGUUCUACACCGGGUUCUUUCACAUAACAUUUCCAUAAAAAUAUUUUCCUUGCCUGGUAUCAGUUUGCAAAACAGUCGUAACACAAUGCCUGGCCAAGACCUAGUUUCAUCGAGCUGUAAAGCCAGAAAUAUUGCUUAGCACAGAAGUAUUGUGCUUAGCGGAAAACAGGUUAUCAGCCAAGAAUCGAUGCAUUAAAUGUAUAUUUGUGACUGGUUCCCUCAUUAAUUACUCUCAGCAGAAUUUGUUGAGCAGUUUUGUUCUACAUAGCUUUAAGAAGGCAUAAUUUCAUAGAGCUGCUCAAGCACAAAAAGUUGCUAAGCUCAAAAAUAAGGUUACCAGCGGAAAUUACUCAUGUAGUGGUUUCGACCUGGGUUUUUUUCUGCUUAGUGGUUUUCGCAGAUCAGUGUGUUGUAACAGAGCCCCUCCCACUUGCUCUGCAAGUGAGAUAAUUUUUUGUAUACAAAUGACCAUACGAUACGAUUAAUACCCCACUGAAAAUGUCUAGUAUACCACAUAAAGCAAAAUGAUCAGCUGCUUGGGCAGUUUUGUAGAAGUUGGUCACAUGUAUGGCCUUUUUAGUGUGUAAUUGAAUGAAUGUUAUUAACGUAUUUUAUCCCCAAAUAUGGAUCUGCCUUGCUGAAAACUAUCCCUGGUUAGGGUUGAAAUGAACGCAAACUUGGCAACUUAUUUUUCUACUUUGGAUGCCAUUGUACAUUUUGAUGAUAUUUAACAUGUAGAUCAUGCUCUUGAUUUUGCCUUAUACUAUUGACUUAACUGUAUGUUAUAAAUGAUGCAUCUUUUGCGUAAUGAAAUUGAGUUUGUUUGAGUGCUUUAUAAACAGAUUUAAGAGACAUUUGGGGGUUAAUACUCUAAGAAAUGAAAGGAGAUUAAUGCUCUGUGCUGAAAAGCAAAACUUUGCUGACUUCUCUUCAUUAGUUUCACUGAGUUUACCAGUGAAUCUUGUCAUGGACUUGUUUUGUAUCUACAUCACGGUUGUGUACAUGCUUGGUUAUUUAAAACUAUGCAAAUGAGAUGCAAAUAUAUGCAAGUGCUCAUGCAAACUUAUGCAAAUUAUGAAAAUGUAUGCAAUUUAUAUGUAUAUAAUGUAUCUUUAUGUAUCUUUAUAUACAAUGCAAUGGACAAUUCUUGUAAUAUUUUUUAAACAGUUUUAUCUUAAAGAUAUAAUGAUUUUUUCAAGGUAAAUGUUGUUGUAUCCUGGUGUAUACUGAUUAGUUGCUUAAACUUUUGGAAAAUGUUCCUGUUUUUUUUUUUCCUUUGGGUAAAUAUUUUGUAUAGUGUAUCCUUUUUUUAAUUCCAGCAUGGAAAUUGUGAUUUUAAUUAGUCCAACAAUGCAAUAAUUUUCCCCAUUUUUUGCAGCUGUGUAUUAUAUCGGAAAUGCAGAUAUGCAUUUCAACCAACCUUUAAAAAAAACACCGCCAGGAGUGUUAUCCCCCUUGCCAUACUUUUUAGUGUUUUCAUUUUUUACUGGUUUAGUUUAUAUUAUUUGCACUCCUGAAUGAAGAGAAGGAAUCAUCGUUAAUGUACAUGUACGUUGACAAGGCAAGAUGAUUCAGCAUUUGAAUCUGUACCUAUGUCACAAUGUUAUUAUAAAUGUAACGGUUUUUUCUUGCCAGAUUUUGUCCUAAAAUGGGCAUUAAUUUUAUUAUUAUUUGGGCAUGAUGCAACAAGUAUGUUAAAAUAUUUAUUUAUGAAAAAGUCUUUGGUUUAGACAAAGAGCAACGGGACUCGCUGAAAUAUUCCUGAAGCUUAGAUUUGCAUUAUUCCUUUUGGAGGAGAAACGAGGGCCUUGUUUAGAUCUAGAAUGAACUAUUUUGUAUUGUUUGCACUCCUGGAUGUAGAGAAGCAAUUAUGGGUAACUUGACUGGACGCAUAGGUCCACAAAUAGUGUAGACCUCCUGCAGUUGCAUAGCCGUACCAUAAAUGGUUCAAAGUUGGGAGUACAGUUGCUCGAUUCUAAGGAGUACUUUUUUGUACUCCUGGAUGUAGAGAAGUGUUUAUGUUUCUUGGUUAAAGAAGUAUUGAUCAUCAAACUUGAUCUCGAGAUUUCUUUACAAAUCCAAACUUUUUUAAAGUCAGAGUUAAGUAUUGUUUUCAGUACCGCCUUGUCAUAGUUAUCAUUAUGUGUACUCCAGGGUGGAGAGAAGCAACACUGAGCGUGACCAAAUUUAAUUUAAACAUUGAAUUUAAAGAUUCUGAAACAGUUAGCUUUUAAAUUAUCGAAGAAUACCUUGAACAAAUAGUAUUUGCUGUUGAUACUGAUUACCAACCAAAAGGACCUUUGGUAAUGCAAACAAAAUGGUGAAUGACCUGACGUUUCGACUCUAGCGGAGUCUUUUGCAAAGUGUCUUGCUGAUCAGAAUCGGUGUUGGUUUUUUUUUUUUUUUUUUUUUUUGCAUUCGAGGAAUACUUUAGGAUUUUAAAAGUUUUUGGAGUAAUAUUUUAAGAAUAAAAAGUGUUUGGAUUUGUCUUGUUUAUUAAUAUGUACUUAAUCAGUUUAAGCAUUCUGAAAUUUGUUUAUACGUCCUAUACAUAUAAACAAAACAGUUAUGAAAUGUCAAUUACUUAAUGUCGAAUGUAAAGUCACUUUAUAUUUAUAUGUAAAUGUAUUUUGUAUGUUUGGUUUAUCAUAAAAUUGAAACGUAAAACACCGAACAGAUAAAACACGCUGGAUGUUGGUAAAACGUAAACUAUGGGGGAGGAGGGAGUGUUGAUGCACCCCUUGUUUAGUUGGCAUGGUAACCGGAGGUAAAUAAAGAACAUAUAUUUUUGAAAGUAAUGUUUUGCUAAACUGAAAUGAAA